UGAUUCCGAUUCGUGCCCUGCGGCCAUGCCACGCCAUUCGUCUCGCUCCGCCGCGCGAUUGAUUUGAAUCGAGGCACGGCUUCCGAUCUUACCGGCGGCGAGUCGACGCCCCCUAACUCCCUCCCCGCCCUCCGCCCCCCCCCCCCCCCCUCCCCUGCUCAACAGGCGCGCGGCCCCGAACCUCCUCGCCGCAUAAUCCGCAGCUCCUCGGCGCAGGCCAGGCCCGCUCUUCAACGACGUCGAGUCGAGCCCCGUCCUCCUCCGGCAUCCUAGCCGCUUCACUGACCGUUUGUCCGCCGUCCACCGGCCGCCUUCCCAGAACCGUCACCAGCCCGGGCGCCCGUGACUCUGCCGUCGGCGAUCUCUGCUCCAUCGACUCCGACGGCCCUACCCCUGCGUUGACGGCCAGCCGCCCACGGCCGGAGCGGACUGCCCUCCUCAGCAGAUCUGAAGAUUUCCAACACAAUGGAUCGGCAAAAGCACAGGAUACUGAUGGUGUCCGACUUUUUCUUCCCAAACUUUGGUGGUGUUGAAAGCCACAUCUACUAUCUGUCGCAAUGCCUGCUUAAGCUUGGCCAUAAGGUUGUUGUCAUGACGCAUGCAUAUGGAAACCGAUCUGGAAUACGUUAUGUCACAAAUGAUUUAAAGGUUUAUUAUGUACCGUGGAGACCAUUCCUGAUGCAGAAUACACUGCCUACAUUAUUCUUGACAUUUCCAGUUGUAAGAACCAUUAUCAUACGUGAGAGAAUUUCUGUUGUGCACGGACAUCAGGCUUUUUCUACAUUGUGCCAUGAAGCAUUGAUACAUGCCAGGACGAUGGGGUACAAAGUUGUCUUCACAGAUCACUCACUUUAUGGUUUUGCUGAUGCCGGAAGCAUUCACAUGAAUAAGGUGCUGCAGUUUACACUUGCAGAUAUUGAUCAGGCAAUAUGUGUUUCUCAUACAAGCAAAGAGAAUACUGUACUGAGGUCUGGGAUAUCUCCGGAGAAAGUUUUUAUGGUUCCUAAUGCUGUUGAUACUGCAAUGUUUACUCCCUCCCCUGAGCGUCUAAGCUGUGAUGAAAUAGUUAUUGUAGUGAUCAGUAGGUUAGUGUACCGAAAGGGUGCAGACCUUCUUGUGGAAGUAAUUCCAGAAGUAUGCCGUCUAUUUCCAAAGGUUCGCUUUAUCAUUGGAGGUGAUGGUCCAAAACGUGUGCGACUUGAAGAGAUGAGGGAGAAGUUCUCCCUUCAGGAUAGAGUUGAAAUGUUAGGAGCUGUGCCUCAUGCUCAAGUACGGUCAGUUCUGAUCUCUGGUCAUAUAUUUUUAAACAGUUCACUUACGGAGGCAUUUUGCAUUGCCAUUUUAGAAGCAGCUAGCUGUGGACUGUUGACUGUAAGCACUAGAGUCGGAGGUGUCCCAGAGGUUCUUCCAGAUGACAUGAUAGUACUUGCAGAACCAGCUCCAGAAGAUAUGGUACGAGCUGUUAGGAAAGCUAUUGACAUGCUGCCUGGAAUAAAUCCUCAAGUUAUGCAUCUUCAGAUGAAAAAACUUUAUAGUUGGGAUGAUGUGGCCAAAAGAACAGAGAUUGUUUAUGAUCGUGCAGUGCAAUCCUUGACAACAAAUUUGCUAGACCGCCUUCCCCAGAAUCCUUAUACGACGAGUUCCCUCCACAGCCUGCUGAAGGUAUUGAAGAAGUCCCAGAUAUAGGGCCGCUACAUGCUCAUUCAGAUUUAAGAGAUGAUUUAUGAAGUUUGGACAAAGUGAGUUAAGAAGAGAGAUGUGAUCCUUCUCAGAAAUUUCUUUCAACGUUUCUAAAAGAGAGGACACCAUUCCUCAUUUUGGAUUUUUUUUUCAUGGUGGUUAGAGCCUCAGAAGCAGACACAUCUGAAUGUAUAGUUGGGUUGGCUAGUUGACUCUAUCAGCCAUGCAUGAGCACGAAUCGGAACUGUCUAAAGUUCAAUGAAACAUAUCAACCCAGUUGUGCAUUGGUGCAAUGUUGAAAUGAGCAACAUGAUUUAAGAGCGCA